UAACUGUACUGCACUGUACGCUCAUGCCGGUUGGGAACUGAACAAAUUCUACCUUUGAAACAUUUUUAAAUUAUUUUUAUUGUAGUAACAUGGCUGCGUGUGCCUUUGUUUACAAACUUCUACCCAUGGCGAGGGGAAGGUUGUGCAGCAGAACGUCUUGUCCCGCACGCACAGCUGUCCGUGCGUUUUCGUGCACAGCAAGUCGUUCCCAGUUACACAGAGUGGAGGGGACCAGUGCUCUGACAGGGAAGGUGGACCGAUUCGGCGGAGUGACAGUGAACCUGGCUGACAUCGGUUUACCCGCGGACAUCAGCGAGAGUUUAUUUAGCAGAUUACUGCAAGACUCUUUGGUCCAGUGGAAAGCUGAGGGUAAGGUCGCAGUGUGGCUUCGAGUUCCCAUCUCACUGAGUCGAUGUGCCGCCGCAGCUUCUACUCACGGCUUCUCCUUCCACCACGCCAGACACGACCACACCGUCCUGGCCCUCUGGCUGGGAGAAGGGGAGAGCAGACUGCCGGGGUUUGCAACUCACCAGGUUGGAGUGGCAGGUGCAGUAGUUGAUGAAUCCAAUGGAAAAGUUCUCGUCGUUCAAGACCGAAACAAGACAAAGAAUGCUUGGAAGUUCCCCGGUGGUUUGUCUGAUCCAGGAGAAAAUAUCGGUGCCACUGCCGUACGCGAAGUGUUCGAGGAAACCGGUGUUCGGUCUGAGUUCAGAUCCCUGCUCAGUAUCCGGCAGCAGCACAACCACCCCGGCGCCUUUGGCAUGUCAGACAUGUACAUCAUCUGCCGACUCAGCCCGCUCACCUACGACAUCAACUUCUGCACCCAGGAGUGUCUGCGCUGCGAAUGGCUGGACCUCGCCGAGCUGGCCAAGACCAACGACACCACGCCCAUAACCUCUCGUGUAGCCAGGCUUCUGCUUCACGGCGUAGAGCAGGGCUUCGACAAGAUCGACCUCACCAUGGAGGAGCUUCCUGCUGUCUACUCGGGGAUGUUCUACCAGCUGUACCACAGGUCACUUCCCCCAACACCAAAAUCCUAGCAGACGUGUCAAACUGAUGGGGUUAUAGUGUAUCAUGGCUAGCUAUGUUGAUAUGUAAGGCGUAUUUAUGACCGGAGUUAAUGUUUGCAAUGUGUUUCUUACACUAACUGUUACCGUUGAAGAAAUGUGGUUCAAUAGGCUGUGAACUAAAGCACAUUCACUUUGUGUUUUUUAAAGGAACUAUUCUACUGUGGUACCUGCAAGACUGCAGAGUCUUAUACGGUUCAUUUAACACUUACUGGCGACCAUGCUGGAAGUCCACAGCUGUUAGGCAAGGGUGGUUGUCAGCAGCUAAUUUCAUUUUUAAAGGUACAGUUCUGCUGUGUUUUUGACUGGGAACAUGUCAUUUCACAAUCAGUGAUGAGUUUAGUCUAUUUUAGCUUGUUAACUAGUCAACGAUAUUAGUUAAUUAAUGCGAUAUCAAUAUCGGCUGCCUUGCUAAAGUAGCCUACAGGCUAGUUAAAAACAGCACAAACUAUAUUGUUUUUCCCAAGGAACCUGCCUGUCAUUGAAUUAUCAUUCACCACAAUUAUCUUGUAUUCAUACAUUAUCCCCCUGUGCUACGCAACGUUAGGUCAUUUUGCACAAAUUUCAAAUUGUACAUUUAAAUUCUAGUAUAAAGGGGGAAUGCAGUUUAAUCAGAAAAUGAAGACAAGCUCAGGAGACCUGCUACAAAUCCUUUAAGUGUGUUAAGAUACUGA